GAGAGAGAGAGAGAGAGAGAAACAAAAGAAAAGAAAAAGAAAAAGAAAAAGAAAAAGAAAAAGAAAAAGAAAAAGAAAAAGAAAAAGAAAAAGAAAAAAUGCAGCGUGUCCUCAGUUUUCAAAUGGCUCGUGGAUUCAGUGAAUCGAGCGAAUUCGUAACGAAACGCAUGUGUUUUUCGUUCCUUUUCUCAGUCGGAUUUCUUUGCCUUCUUUGCGGCUUCCUGCUUGGUCGUUUUGCCUCUGAAAGGUCAAUAGAAUUUCGGACUGAAAGGAAACGACUCGAAUUUGCCGGUAAUGGUUUAGAACACACGGAACAUCUUCGACAACUUUUACUUGAAAAAUUAGGAAAAACAACGUCCUAUGAAAUAAGUCGGACAACAUCUAUCGUUAAAGAGAUAGAAACAUACAAAAUCAACAAAGAACUAUCCGAUUUACCGAUUUUUCAUCGAGUCAUUGCAAAUGAUUCUUUCGUUGUUGCUACGUCUCUAGGAUCUCGAGAAUCCGACAGAUUCGUGAUUUUAUCCGCUAGCGGAAAUGGAAUCGGUAUUGCUUUGGAAUUAGCAAAAUUGUUAAAUCAAAUUCGAACGGAACAUAAUUGGAAAUCACGUCGUACACUCAUUUUUUGUUUAUUCUUGGGUUCCUUAGAUAUUUGUCCGACUAUGAUGUCUAAUUUUAUACGACAUAAGAUCGUUGCUUAUAUCGCUUUGUACGACGACAAUUUGCAAGGUAAUGGUAAUUUUAUUUCUGCUGGAUCGGACGUGAUACAAUCUAUAAUUCUUCAAGAAAUUAAUAUCAUUAGAAAUUUAAAUUCUCCUCAAAAUCAUAAUGUAUUUGAUCUUAAUAAUGAGGCAUACCGUGAUGUUUUAUUUCCACGUCUUGCAUUGGAUAUUCCACAUGUUGUGUUUUCUUUUAUGAAAAAGAAUAAUUCUGUGAACAAUGAAAGUGAAAACAAUGAAAGUUUCAAAUUACAUCGAAUUCCUUUAACACAAUUAGUCGGUGAUACUAUUUGGAGAUUAUCUGAGAGUUUAGUCUUUCAUUGGAAUACAAAAUACUUUAAUGAUACUAUCGUCAAUGUAUUGGAAACCAUAAACAUAUCAAAGUUUCUGGAUAUCAAAGAUAAUAUUAAAGAAACAGUAGAACAAUUAAUGUCUAGCGUGCAAGUUCUUAACCAAAGGAUCGAUGCAACUGAUGGUAGCAAAUCCUUAGAUACAAGAAUAUUGAAUGACAUAUUAAUGGACUUAGACAGAUCACUUUUAUGUCCAGAUAAAUAUUUUCGUUCUAAGACUGACUUAGCUUCGUUUCACAUUUUGUCAGAACAAUCUUCUGAUAUGUUGAGUUACUUAAGCGAAUUACAAAAAUGUUACAAUACUGCUGUCCAAUUGUUACAAGAAUAGUAAAAAAAAAAAAAAAAAAAAAAAAAAAAAAA